CCUUCUGCCUUUCCGUAUUUGGCCUCGUCGAUCUCCCAAUUCCCCAUUCCAGCCUGCAGCUCUGCGCUAAAACCCUACACGGCCACUACCAAUCAGGCCUCGCCGGAGCUCCCUCCCUUCCCUCGCCGCAAGGCUAGGCCCGCCAUGUCGCCCGCCGCCACGGCCUCCGCCUCCGCGAUCAUCGCCGAGACGGCGAGCGGGUACCACCACCUCAAGAUCCACGGCUACUCAAGCCUCACGGCCCUCCCCGUCGGUCAUCGCCUCAGCUCCUGCCCUUUCACCGUCGGGGGCCAUCUCUGGAGGAUCGACUACUACCCCAACGGCGACCGCGAGGACAGCGCGGGCCACAUCUCCGUCUACCUCGUCCUCCACGACAACGUCACCAACAAUGUCACGGCGCAGUUCCGAUUUGGUUUCGAGCCCAGCAAGAAGCGCGCGCUCUUCUUCCUCAACAACAACCACAACAAGGUCAAGCCACCGCCGCCCGCAACACCUUCGUACAGCUUCGCCAGCCAGGGUGCUCUGGGCUACCCAAAGUUCGUGCAGCUCGGCGCCUUGGAGAAUUCCAAGUUUCUCAAGAACGAUUCCUUCACGAUCAGGUGCGACGUCGUCGUCAUCGACAGGGUCCGCGUCGAGGGCAAGGGGAGCGCCGACAAAAAAGAAAUUCCCGAGUUCGUCAAGGUGCCCCCGCCCGACCUGAGCCGCCACCUCGCCGGCCUCCUCCUCGCCGAAAGGGGCGCCGACGUGGUGUUCGAGGCCGGCGGCGAGACCUUCGCCGCGCACCGCUGCGUGCUCGCGGCCCGGUCGCCGGUCUUCAGCGCGGAGCUCUUCGGCUCGAUGAAGGAGGGCAACACCGCCAACGGACUCGGCUCGGUCGUCCGCGUACACGAUAUGGAGGCGCAGGUCUUCAAGGCCUUGCUCUGUUUCGUGUACACCGACUCGUUGCCGGAGAUGGAAAAGGAAGAGGAAGAUGUCAUGUGCCAGCACCUGCUUGUCGCGGCUGACAAGUACGCCAUGGAGAGGAUGAAGCUGGUUUGUGAAGACAGGCUGUGCAAGUACAUCCAUGUCAACACCGUGGCCAACAUCCUGGCAUUAGCUCAGAUGCACAGCUGCGCUGGGCUCAAGAGUGCGUGCGUCCAUUUUCUCACCUCUCCAGGGAAUCUCAGGGCAGCCAUGGACAGCGAUGGCUUCCACCAUCUUACCACAACCUGCCCCUCGCUCCUCAAAGAGCUCAUCACCAUGUCAGUUCCAAACUAGUGUGCAGCACCAUGGUGCUAUCCUCAUGGUAUAUAUAUGAGUAUAUGACUACUAUAUAUCUAAUUAUCUAUACUAAAUCUCCAAGGAGUCAUCAGACAUUACUUUUACUUUCCGUCGCCAUCAUUGCAUAUGCGCAAUCUUGCCAAGAAUCAGGAACGAUACUCUUCAUGUUACAGUUUGCUGGUUUAAACUCUACUAUUAGACCUGCAAUUUAUCUGUCUCAUGAGUAAUGCAAAGCACCUGUGCCUCAACUGUUUCA